AUGAGUGUCUUGGAUGCUGCGACAAAGACUGCUGGUGCGAGUACCACUAAGAGCAAGAAGAAACGUCAGCAUAUCCUCAUCAAUGGAAAGCUCUUCACGCAAAUGCAAAAGAUUGGAAAAGGUGGCAGCAGUGAUGUCUACUGUGUCCAGGCCGAGAAUUAUAAACAAUUCGCCUUGAAAAGGGUCAAGCUGGAAGACUGUGAUGAAUCGGCUAUGCGCGGCUUCAAGGGCGAGAUCGAUCUUCUGGAGAAGCUCGCAGACGUCGACCGUGUUGUCCGACUCUAUGACUGGGAACUCGAUAACGAAAAGCAGACUCUCAGUGUGCUGAUGGAAAAGGGCGAUCAAGAUUUGAAUCGAAUCUUGACAAUCGCGCUCAAUGGCAAUGAUCCAAGGUUUGACCCCGUCAAGACUCGCUUCUGGUGGCAGGAAAUGCUUGAAUGUGUUCAAGCUGUGCACGACUACGAUAUUGUUCACUCUGAUCUGAAGCCCGCCAAUUUCUUAUCAGUAGGAGGAAAGCUCAAACUCAUCGAUUUUGGCAUCGCGAAUGCCAUUGAUGUUGCUCACACCGUGAAUGUCCAUCGCGACUCGCAUAUCGGAACACCCAACUACAUGUCACCAGAGAGUAUCAUGGAUACAAAUGCACCAACUCCUGGUGGGCAACGCACUACCAACAAUGGCAGUCGGUGCAUGAAGAUUGGCAAGCCUUCGGAUGUAUGGUCUCUUGGCUGUAUCUUAUAUCAAAUGGUCUAUGGUCGCCCACCUUUCGCCCACAUUGCCAACCAGAUCAGUCGUAUCAUGGCUAUCACGAAUCCUCAGGUGGUCAUCGAGUUUCCGGACAAAGGUGUUGGCGGUGUCACCGUCUCUUCUGCGCUGAAGGGCACACUUCGUCGAUGCUUGCAGCGCAAUCUUCAGGGUCGUCCAACCGUUAAGCAACUCCUUUCCGACCCUUGGUUGUGUCCCGAAGCCGGCAACGCUGUCGCCAUGACCGAAGAUCUGCUUGGACAGAUUAUCGAAAAGGUGUAUGAGAGGUGCAGGGACUCCAAGCGUGGUCUACCGCCUCCUGAUGAGGUCAAGCAAUACCCAGCCAGUUUCAUGUCAAAGAUCCGCCACAUGGUCGAGCACGACGGUGUCAUUGGGUAA